AGCAGCAGGAGGAUGCCUGGCCUGCUCAACUCUAGCACCUGGGAACCACUCCCACUCACCUCCUCUGACAUCACCUCCUGUGUCCAGGGCUAUGCCUUUGGCCUCAUGGCCUCACUCACCUAUGGCAAUGUGGAAGUCCAGCCUUUCCAAGGCCUCUUCGUGUACCCCCUGGAUGAGUACACCACCGUGGUCGGGUUUGAAGCCGUCAUCUCUGAGAGAGCCGUGACAGUACAGAUCAAGGACAAAGCCAAACUGAGCAGUGACUACUUUGACAUGCACCGCCCUCAUAAUGGUACAGGCAAGAUCACUCUGGAUGAAGACCUGGAACGGAAUGCGUUUGUGGCUAACCUGGGUACAAUUUGCCCCCUGGAAAGCGUGUCCAUCUUCAUCAGCACCUCCUCGGAGCUCCAGACUCUACCCAGUGGAGCUGUGAGGGUCCUACUGCCGCCUGUGUGUGUCCCACCAGUCCUUCACUCAGAUAACAGCACAUCUGCCCAACGGCCCCGAAGAAACAAACAUAUUUGUAUGCCCAAGAACUUUGAGCACUUCAGCAAGCCCAUGUGUAUAACCCAGCUGUUACACAAUGAAAUUGCCAACCCCAUGGAGUAUGACUUUAGCUUCCAGCUAGAGAUCCGCGGACCUUGCCUCCUUGCAGGAGUUGAAAGUCCCACCCAUGAGAUCCGAGCAGAUGCUGCCCCAUCUGCCUGCUCCGCCAAGAGCAUCAUCAUCACGUUGGCCAACAAGCAUACCUUUGACAGGCCUGUGGAGAUUCUUAUCCACCCCACUGAGCCUCACAUACCACACAUCCUGAUGGAGCAAGGGGACAUGACCCAAGGGCAGUUUGAGCAGCACUUGAAGGGGAGAAGUGACUUCGCCAAAGGGACCAAGAAAAUUAUCAGCACUCAGAGAAAGAUGGAAAUAAUCAGGAAACGUCUCCACAAGGAUAUCCCUCAUCACUCAGUGCUCAUGCUCAACUUCUGCCCUGACCUCCAGCCAACCCAGUCUAGCCUUCGGAAGACCCACGGAGAGUUCAUUUUUCUUAUUGACAGAAGUGGAAGCAUGAGUGGAAGCAGCAUCAACCAAAUCAAGGAUGCCUUGAUCCUCAUUCUCAAGAGUCUCAUGCCAACAUGUCUGUUCAACAUCAUUGGAUUUGGUUCCACCUUUAAGACCUUAUUCCCUUCCAGUCAGGCCUACAGUGAGGAGAGUUUGACUACUGCAUGUGACAACAUCCAUUGUCUUCGGGCUGACAUGGGUGGCACCAACAUCCUGUCCCCCCUCAGAUGGAUCACCCGGCAGCCCCUCCAUGUAGGCCACCCACGCCUACUCUUUCUUCUCACCGAUGGCUCAGUCAACAAUACGGGGAAAGUGCUGGAGUUGGUCCGAAGCCACGCUUUCACUACCAGGUGCUAUAGCUUUGGGAUUGGUCCAAAAGCCUGUCCAAGGCUGGUGCAGGGGCUGGCAGAUGUGUCUAAAGGCAGUGCAGAGUUCCUGGUACAAGGAGAAAGACUCCAGCCCAAGAUGAUCAAGUCUCUGAAGAAGGCCAUGGCCCCUGUUCUCAGUGAUGUUACCGUGGAGUGGAAUUUUCCAGAGAGUGCUGAAGUCCUAAUCUCACCUAUCAGCUCCUGCUCCCUCUUCCCUGGAGAUCGGUUGGUGGGCUACAGUAUCAUAUGUAAUUCUUCUUACCAACAAAGCUCCAGAGUUCAUCAUCACGGUGCACCACGCUUCCAGACCUCAGUGUUCUACCAAUCUCUGGACAAGGGAUCUGCUCCAGAGAGUGGGGACUGCACCCAAGAGGCCCUGGCAUUCAGUGCAUCUCAGAAAAGCCAGGAUACACCAGCAUUCAUCAGAGAUGCUAACCUGAUCCGAGGUCAGUCCUACAGACACAGCACCAACCAGAUUCCUGAACUCAAAUCACACCCCAGGACCCCUACCAGCAGUGACUCCGCCAUCAUAGCAGGGAAGCACCUCCUUCGGAAAACCCAAGGGCAGGACCUGCUAGACCAAAUCACCCCAGAGCCAUUCCUGUGGCAGGCCAAGUCUCAGCUCUCCAGAUGUACCAGCCCAGAACUCCAGCCACUCAGGGGAGUGGGGAGUCCUCGGAAGUCCUUACCACGCCCAGGCUGCCAGUCCUUCCCCCGCUUGUCUGAGGGCCAGUCCCUGGGCCCAAUGAAAGAUCAGGACCAGUGGGACACAGUCCUCUCCUUGAAAUCGUCCUCCUCCGACAGCCACAGCCUCGGGGACCAGGGUGAGAAGGGCGAGGUGGUGGGAAGGCGACUGCUAGGGGAACUGGAACCAGAGCAGGAGUCCCCCUCCAAGGGGGAUGCAUCAUCUCAGGCCAUACAGAAAGUACGUCUGGGCUGCCCCCUGGCCUCCCGACCUAUCUGCAAGGCUGUGGUCAAAGGCAUGAGGAAUAACAAGCCUGUGCAGUGGGAGGUAGUCUUCGAUCUGGGAGCCCUGGACCAGGAGCUGCCGACCCCUGACAACAUCGACAGCGAGUAUGAUGGUGACCUUUGGAUAAGGACCUUCCACCACUUGGCUGCCAAGUCCAUCAUCAGAGACUUUGAGCAGUUGGCUGACAUGGAGUGUGAGAUUGAACCCGGCUCUGGCCAUCGAUACCAGGUAAAUGCUGUGCACACCAGCAGAGCUUGCAAUGUCAUCAGCAAGUACACAGCCUUUGUGCCCAUGGACCUCAGGAGCCGGGGUUACCUGCCCACCAUGGUGGAAUACAGCAACACAGAUCUGGAUGAGACCAAUGUGUCCUGCAGCCCACCUCCCAAUGUCAGAACCAAGAGAACCAGCCUUCGGGACCGUCCUCCGCACAAAUCUUUGUCCAAUACUGCCCCCAGCCUUAAGGCCUCAGAGACCCUCUUUGGUACCAGGCUGAACCUGAAUAAGAACAGAUUCUUGACUCGAGCAACCAAGGGGUUGGCAUCCAAAACCCCAGCACCACCUUCCCAGGCACAGGAGCUUCCCCUUGAGGAGAAUGUGGAUUAUUUACCUCUGGUCUCUCUGCAGCUGGCCUCAGGUGCCUUCCUACUCAACCAGGCCUUCUGUGGGGCCACGGGCAUCCCCAUGGAAAAGCUCAAAUGGACCUCACCAUUCACCUGCCACCGUGUGACACUAACUUCCUGCUUCCACGAUUCCUCCCGCAACCGAGACAUCCUGCCCCUGGAGUCCAAGAGUCCAACUUUCUGCCUCAUACCCUGUGCUGAGCCAUCCCCAACAGAAAACUCCCCAAGCCCUGACUGGCCCCAUGGGGCUGAUAGCAAGCCAGCCCUGGAGAUUGAUGGACCUGAACAAGCUGGCAAGGUAUGGGCCACAGCAGUGGCCUUGGGGUGGCUGGAAAACAGCUCAGCCUCCUACUUUGUAGAGUGGGAAUUGGUGGCAGCAAAAGCCAGCUCCUGGCUGGGAGAGCAGGAAGUCCCUGAGGGCCGCACCCUGGCCUCCGUGAAGACUGCAGCCCAGCAGCUCUUUGUCCUCCUUCGGCACUGGGAUGAGAACCUUGAGUUCAACCUGCUUUGCUACAACCCCAAUAGCGUGUAG